GUGAGUGACAUGGCUACCCGUAAAAAGUAGGAGCAUUCGGUCCGUUUUUUUUCGAAAUUUUCUCUACGUUUUUGGCCUGUGGCAGCUACUAAACGCGUUAGGGGAGGGUUGGCGGUUGUAGAACGGGGGGAAAUGGGUGAGGAUGACCCUGUAACUGACGCCUCCACUGAGAACUGCACAACUCUACAGGCUGCUUUUAAGAAGUUAAAAAUUGACCCUGAAUGGAAUGAGAGUACAUCAAUCAACAGUCCAGACAGUGACUCCUUACACAGGUUGUGGGCUGGGAAUAACUUAAUUGGGAAAGACAGAACUUGCUAUCAACGAACAUGCUGUCCAACGGGAGAGACCCUGAAAGGAUGCGGCUCGACCAAGUCGUGCAGCACCCGCAAGUCUUCUCGCUCGCGGACAGAGCCUUACACACUGGACUGUAUAGACACCAUGGAACAUCUCUCAUUUAAGUCUGAGCUCUGUACAAAAGUGAACUGUGGCUGUAAGAAAUCCAAGCCACAGAAAGGAAGUAGCCAUGCAAAAGGGUUAUCAUUUAUGCCUAGCAAGACCUCGCUCCACCACGAUGCAGUCUGGGAGGAUAAAUUAAAAAUGCGCAACUCUGAAAAAGACAGAAAGCAAAUAAUUCGCUCUGCUAAACUGCGAUUGUAUCGAGAAGGAAAAGGGUUUCAAGCACGGCCCUUCUUUCCGUUCGGGAAAGUGUUGAAGAAUGCUCGUGUUGGUCGCCAGUCAUCUCCAUUAACAACCAUAACGUCAUCAGCGGAACUGCCAGUGUUUGGUUCAAAGGCAGACUGCUCGCCAGAUUUUCUUUCGAUCACUGCGUCCAGGUUUGCAGAUGCUGAGAAUCAGGGCAGGGAAUCUUUCUCAGGUGUGUCGUCAGUUCUUAGUGAAGUUUUGUCCGAGUCUCUGAGCCGUCCAUCCAAGCGGCCAGUGGAGACAAAUGCCAAGGGAUUUUGCUUUGAAACGGGCCAGCAAGGACUCAAACGUAAAAGUCCCUCGCGGUUAAAAUCUCUUUCUUGUGAAAGGAAGCAUGAAAAGUCUUGCUCUCAACAGGCCAAGAUGUCAGUGGAUGAUUUUUCUGUCAAUGAGCUGGCAUCUUACUUUGAAAAUUAUGUGUACAUACCAAAGAAAAUGUCAAGCAUGGCAGAAAUGAUGUACACAUAAAACUCUUUAACCACGUGGAUUGCCUACAGAUUAUGUGUACAGAUUUUCACGUACAUGAUAUUAGUAGAAACAAAUUUUAUGGCAGUACUAUGGCCUUAUAUAUUUUACUGCUAGUGGUCUCCUUGUUGUUUGGUUUAGGUGACGUAGCCAUCGGAGUGCUUUUAUGAUUCUUUCAGAUUUUUUUCUUCUGUGGUUUUUGCAUCACUACCUUUGUUCUGCAUACACAGCAGUAUUUACUCAAGUUUAUUUCAUUGUGGCUUUCUUCAUCAUUAUGUGUUUAAAAAGAUUUAUAAAAAGAUGAUAGGUUCUCCAAAAAAAAAAACAAUUUUUUUUUUUGUUAAUUUGCCAAGAAUUUGUACCUGAUUUGGUUUAGGUUUUGUGUUUGGUGAUUUGUAUGUUUGAUGCUUACUAAUACUUAGUGCAGAAAUAUUUUUGUUUUUGAUCGAUAAUUUUUUUUUUUUUUUCCGAAAAGUAAAAAACAGAAAAGAAAAAUGUUCACUUGAAUGUUAAGUAGUGAAAAGGCUUCUGUUUACGGUGGAUGACGUCAUGGUUUAGAUCAUCCUUUUGCCUCUGAUAGGUUGUCCUUGAUUAUGGGUGGGUUAAGCUGUUAUAUAGAAUUACAUAGACUUGAGGAUUUGUAACAUUUGUUGUGACCAGUAAGCUUGUAUUUCAAUUUAGGAAGGAGUUGCAAGCUGCAAUGACUUGGCGAACUAUGGAGGCACAAGAUAGAGGAAGAAGUGAGAGUGAGAUGCUUGUACAUGUGUACAACAGCACAUCAAGAGUGAUCUCCCCUGUCACUUGCUAGGUUUAUGUCGAAUUUUCACAGAUAUUGUCAAGUAUUACAACUGAUGGUAACCGGUUACUGUAGGUUUUAGGAAAUUUUAUGGUACCUCUAUGUAUAUAAGAUAUAUAUAUAUAUAAUCAAUCUAUAUCUGUGUGCUGCUUUUCGGUGGCUGUCAAUCUUCAAAAUGCAAUAAAUAUUUAUAAAAAGUGUGAAAAAUAACUAAAUUAUGGAAAAAAGAAACAAUAUUUUUUUCUUUGAGGAGUCUUUAGCGGAAAAGAAUGCUUUCAGAGUUCCCUUUAUUCUUUCUUGCGCAUAAGGUUUACUCCUGUAUCAUGUCACUCCUGAAGACUGGUGGCGUAUCGUGUUCUAACCACGCUUUCGCUGAAGUUUAUUAGGGAGGAAGGAGCUUAAGGGGUGUUGAGCGGCUAGUUGCAUAACAGUGCCUGCUAGACUUAAUCGUUGAACAGCGCCUAAUGCUUAAGGCUCUCUCCACCUAACCAUGAUGUGCUUCAUCUUAUAAAAUGGCCUGAUUGGGUUUAAACGAUGGGCAUAAUCGUGUACCAGGGCGUGUCCAUGGUAUACCAUGCUUUAUCGUGCAGCAGGGUAUAAUUUUGCCAAGAUGCUGCACUUUAUCGUGUAUCCGCGCUUAUAAUCAUCUUAAAAUGAUACGUUUAAUCGUGUGACAGGGCCUAAUCAUGGCUUUAUUUUGGAACCUCGUUAAUUGUAAAAUAUUGGCCUGUCUGUUGUACAUGG